GGCGGCUGAGGCGGCUCCGGAGGUUCAGGGCUCGGAGUCGGUGCCUCCAGGUGCCAUGGGCCGGGCUGGCCCGCGCUGAGGGCGACGCAGGGCGCUGAUAGGGACGCGGGGCUGGGCCAUGGCCGGCGCUCGGGCAGCCGCCGCCGCCUCGGCGGGGUCCUCGGCUUCUUCAGGCAGCCCACAGCCGCAGGAGCCGGGGCUCGGGGAGCUGCUGGAGGAGUUCUCCCGGACUCAGUACCGGGCCAAGGACUGCAGCGGGACGGGAGGCUCUAAGGUUGAGCGCAUUGAGAAGAGGUGUCUGGAGCUGUUUGGCCGAGACUACUGUUACAGCGUGAUCCAAAAUGUGAAUGGGGAUAUCUGCGGCCACUACCCCCAGCACAUCGUGUUCCUGGAGUAUGAGAGUUCUGAGAAGGAGAAAGACACGUUUCAGAGCACCGUACAGGUGAGCAAGUUGCAGGACCUCGUCAACCGCAGCAAGACGGCCAGGUGCAGAGGACGUUUUGUCUGCCCAGUGAUCCUGUUCAAGGGCAAGAAAGCCUGGGAAAAACCGAACCAAAAAACUCCAGAAAACCACCUGACCCUGAAAAUGCGGUUUCUCUCCCAGCAUAUUUGCAGGUCGGCAACGCUGGCUGGAUGGGGGGAGCUGUAUGGACGCACUGGCUACAACUAUAUUUUCUCAGGGGGUGCAGACGACGCCUGGGCAGAUGCAGAGGAUGUCACGGAGGAGGACUGUGCGCUUCGAAGUUCCGACACGCAUCUUUUUGAUAAGGUCAGAGGGUAUGACAUCAAGCUGCUCCGGUACCUGUCAGUGAAAUACAUCUGUGACCUGAUGGUGGAGAACAAGAAGGUGAAGUUUGGCAUGAAUGUCACCUCCUCCGAGAAGGUGGACAAAGCCCAGCGCUAUGCCGACUUCACUCUCCUCUCCAUCCCGUAUCCAGGCUGUGAAUUUUUCAAGGAAUAUAAGGAUCGGGAUUACAUGGCUGAAGGGCUCAUUUUUAACUGGAAGCAGGACUACGUUGAUGCCCCUCUGAGCAUCCCCGACUUCCUGACUUGCUCUCUGAACAUUGACUGGAGCCAGUAUCAGAGUUGGGAUCUGGUGCAACAAACACAAAACUACCUGAAACUGCUGCUUUCCAUAAUUAACAGUGACGAUGACAGCGGACUGCUAGUACACUGUAUCUCAGGCUGGGACCGGACGCCCCUCUUCAUCUCUCUCCUGCGCCUUUCCUUGUGGGCUGACGGGCUCAUCCACGCAUCCCUGAAGCCCGCUGAGAUCCUCUACCUAACGGUGGCCUACGACUGGUUCCUCUUCGGGCACAUGUUGGUAGAUCGACUCAGCAAAGGAGAGGAGAUUUUCUUCUUCUGCUUCAAUUUUUUGAAGCAUAUCAUCUCUGAGGAGUUCUCUGCUCUGAAGAUACAGAGGAGGAAGAGUUUGCCAGCCCGGGAUGCAGGCUUCACUGUGGAAGAUAUCUGCAUGCUGAGACGGAAGGAUCGUGGCAGCACCACCAGCCUUGGCAGUGACUUCUCUCUGGUCAUGGAGAGCUCCCCAGGAGCCGCCGGGAGCUUCACCUAUGAGACCGUGGAGCUGGUCCCUGCAGGAGCACAGACUCAGGCAGCUUGGAGGAAGAGCCACUCAUCCUCUCCACAGAGUGUGCUCUGGAACCGGCCGCAGCCCUCAGAGGACCGCCUGCCUUCCCACCAGGCACUGGUGGAAGCCAAGUCCUCCAGCUCCUCGUCCUCGAACCAUUCUGACAACUUUUUCAGGCUGGGUAGCAGUCCCCUGGAGGUCCCCAAGCCCAGAUCAGUGGACCAUCCCCUGCCCGGAUCCUCUCUCUCCACAGACUUUGGCAGCUGGCAGAUGGUAACAGGCUGUGGCAGUAUUCAGGAGCGGGCUGUCCUGCACACAGACUCCUCUCUCCCUUUCAGCUUCCCGGAUGAGCUCCCUAACAAUUGUCUGCUUACAGCCCUGAGUGAACGGGAGACUCGGCUACAGGAGGUGCGCUCAGCCUUCUUGGCUGCCUACAGCAGCACAGUGGGGCUUCGGGCAGCAGCCCCCAGUCCCUCCGGUGCCAUCGGCCUGCUGGAGCAGUUUGUCCGUGGUGUUGGACUCCGGGGCACCAGCAGCAGCACCUUAUGAAGCAGCCAGCUCAUGACAGCUUCCUGCUCCUCUCUCACCUGAGCCCUAAGCGGAAUCAAAGCCAUGCCCAGCCAAGGGGUGCUUCAAGGUGGGGGGAAAUCUCCCCUUCUCCAUCAUGCACAUGGCAGCCCCAAGGCUGAGCAGGGCCAAGGACGGGGUUCUCCCCCACCCCAGCUUCCUGACUGGUGUCCGCCACCCUACUUGUCACUGCCUCCCACCCACCUUAGUCUUUGCCAGGAUUCCUGUCAACUCUCAGAACUAUGUGGGGUUUCCCUGGGGCCUUGUGGAGGCCGAGACUUCACAAAAGACCCCCACUUUCCAUUCUCGUCUCCUGGGGAGGAGGGGUCACCCGCGCUGAGAAUGAGGCAGUUUUGACACAGAUCACAAAAUGAAAUCAAAGCCUUUUUGAACAGCUA